AUGACAGCUAAAGCAGCUAGCAAAGUUGUUAAACAGCUAGCUGGGAGUGGUACAGGUCAGAGUUUGAUGGACCGAGUGACUCAGGCAAAAUAUAGCCUAGCGGGCUCCGGUUUGGGUAAAGUUGUUGCAAAAGCAACAACAGAAGAAAUUGGAGCCCCCAAGAAGAAGCAUAUUGAUUAUCUUGUAAACUGUAGCAAUGAGCCGAAUGUUUCCAUCCCUUUACUUGCUGGACUUCUGGUAGAGCGCACGCAAGAAAAGUCAUGGGUGAUUGUUUUUAAGGCACUUAUAACGACUCAUAACCUUAUGAACUUCGGAAAUGAGAAAUUCUCUCACUAUCUUGCCUCAAACAACUGCCCAGUUAAUCUACCUAGUUUCAAUGACAAGACGAGCUCUCAAUCUUAUGAGAUGUCGAUGUUCAUUCGCAAGUAUUCGAAGUAUUUAAGCGAAAAGAUUGCUUCAUACAGAGCUAUGGCUUUUGAUUUCUGCAAAGUAAAGCGAGGACGUGACGAUGGAGUAUUGCGAACGAUGCCAGUUGAUAAGCUUUUGAAGGCUCUUCCAGUAAUGCAGUCACAAAUAUUAACUCUUCUUGAGUUCGAUGCUCUUGAAAAGGAUCUAAAUAACGCGAUCAUCAAUGCUGCCUUCCUACUGUUAUAUAAAGAUCUAAUUCGUCUGUUUGCCUCAUACAACGAGGGUAUGAUUAAUUUGAUUGAAAAGUAUUUCACUCUAAAACGAAGACAGUGUCGACUUGGAUUGGAUUUGUACCAUGCAUUUCCUGGUUUGUUGUCUAAACUAACAGAAUUCCUUACCCUUGCUGAGAGUAUGGGAAUCGGUGACAAGGACAGUCUCGGAUUACAACCGGUCCCAGAAAAAGUUAUUCACGCAAUGGAACAGCACUUACAAAUCUUGGAGAGUAAAAAAGGAUCAGAUGACGAAGAUGAAGGGACAAGUGAAACAACUCGCUCUAAAGCAAAUGCACCAAAGAAACCGACUGUACCUGUCCCUAUACCAAAUCAAAAGGUGACCUCCAAUGAUAGUAGCAAGUCAGUUACAAGUAGUGUUCAACAACCACAACCAAAUAAAACUGAUAACUCUUCAACGACGCAUAAAACUGAAGAAGUGAAUCUUACUGAGGAAGCACAACAGUCGAGUGAUAUCGAAGAGCCAACUGUUCCACAUCCAUCUGUUAUAGUGAAUGAUGAAGAUGGAUUACCUUCUGCUUUACAAGAGGAGAUAAUUGAAGCUGCUAGAGGACAUUUGUCGGAAACUGUUGUAAAGAGUAAUGAGGCUGUUAAACGCUCAUCUGCCGUUAAUGUUCCAGUUCAUACACAAUUAGGAAGAUCCGAACACCGUACUGUUUCGGUCCCACCAACUCGUUCUAGGUCACCUUCACCAGCUCGUCCACUGCCUUCACCUAGUCAUACUGCUGCUGUCCCCAAACGACCAUCUGUCAGUGUAAGCGAUAGUGAAAUGGAAGAGGAGAAAUCUCAUUUGAAUGCAGACAUCGAUAAAACGAAACAUAAUUUAUCUUUGCCAGGCCUUGAUCAAAAAGCAGCCGAGCAAACUGAUGCGUCUCCUAUAUGUGGUAGCCCAUUUGCUGGGGAUGAAGAGCCUGUUGCACCAGCUGCAGAUACUACUGGCUGGUCGGAUAAAUCAGCUAAUGCGGGACAAUCUCAAACUAGCCAUCCUUCAGCGCUGGAUGAUUUACUUGGUCUUGAUCUGUUGUCAUCUGAUCCCUUACCACAGUCUAAUAUUGAGCCUAUUCCAUAUUCAGCUCAAGGAGUUAAACCAGCAGAUACGAAUGAUGCAAAGUCUACAGCAAAUACUAAUACUACUUCAACAAUCGAUGAUUUGUUAUCACUUGAUCCUUUACUGGCGAAAGACGAUACCAGUGCUGCACCUGUUUAUUCUCAACCACAGUCAGCCAAUCCUCCCGGGUCAGGGGCUAGUGGUUUACCUGCCGGCUUGAAGCCCGUGCCUGCAACUGUUCCUAUUCGUCCAGCUGUUGUAACUGCUUCUCAGAAUAAAAAUCCUCUCGAUGCCUUGGAUAGUACUUUGUCAAAUCUAGCUUCAAGUUUGGGCGGCCAACCAACAUGGGGAACUACUAAUAUCAAGAAGAAGCCGUUAAGUGAAAGCGGAAAACCUACGUAA